AUGUCUGCAUCAUUUAAUGGUAGUCUUGAAGUUGUUAAAUAUCUUGUCUCAGUUGGAGCUAAUAAAGAAGCAUCGAAUAAAUUUGGAGACACUUCACUCGCUAUGGCGUCAUAUCAAAAUCACCUUGAAGUUGUUAAAUAUCUUAUCUCAGUUGGGGCUAAAUAA